AUCCAUCUCUGCUCUCUAUAUAGAAAGCCUCUCCCUCUUGAGUACUUUUAUCUGGAUUCAAGAAGCUUCAAAGAGGUAAAAAUCAAUUUUGUGUCUGCUCAUUGGCGGAGUUACCUGGGAGUUAAAUUCAACUGCUACAUAAAUUAAGUUUGGUAUGUCAUGUGCAUUUUUUACUGAAAAGAAAACAAAAGUGGAACCAUUUGGAUUUCUGUGGAAAGUCAUUUUGGUGUCUAUGCAUUUGCAUAAGAAAUGGGAUCUGGAGGAAAGCUUUUAUUUGAUCUUAAUGAACCCCCCACAGAAGAUAAUGAGGAGAGUGAUCAUGUCACUUGCUUCCAGCCACAGAAAGCACUUCCAUCUAAAAAUUCCAACACAUCUGACUUAUUUGUAACACCAGCAGGAACCCAAGGAAUUUUCAAUAAAAAUGCUUUCUUGCAUGCAUCAUCUGUGUCUGGUUUUCGGCCUUUUGUUUGGGCUAAAACUUCUCUCGGCCCUGAAGUGUCUAUCAUACCAAAGGUGGCUUCAGAUCAGAUUGCUAACAUUUCAUCAUCUUCAUUGAAGUCAAAUAAUAAUGACAAGGAGAUGAAAGCAGAGGCAGCAGCUUCAUUGGUUUCUGGUUCUGCAAAUGCCCAAGCUGUGGAAAGAGAAGAAGGGGAGUGGUCUGAUGCUGAGGGCUCAGCUGAUGCAUACACUUGUAAUGGUUUGCAUGAACCUGCUAAAGCUUUAAAAGAGCGAGUUAUACCUGCAGUAAUGGAUUGUAGUGCUUCAGGUGCAACUGCUGGGAACAUCCAAGUUACUGAAAAUUGUCAUUGUCCAUUAAGAUUGGAUCAACAUAUGAAUGAUAAGAAAGGAAACAAUAGCCAGAAUUCAGAAGGAACCAGUAAGGGUGAUAUGUCCCUCAGUGUUCAAGAGGGACCUACCUUGGUCCCUAAACAAAGAGAAGUUAAGGGUAUUGAAGCCAGUUAUGCACUUAAGUGUGCUAAUACUCCAGUAAAGAGGAAGAUAGAUGAACAGAAAGAAGCAAUGCUAGGAAAGAAACGAACUAGGAAGACCAUGUUUCUAAAUUUGGAAGAUGUCAAGCAAGUUGGCACCAUAAAAACUUCCACACCAAGAAGGCAGAGCCUUCCAAUGCCAGUCAUUACUCGUACUGUGAAAGAAGUCUGUACUGCUUCUCAACCUGCUGAAAGGCCGAGGAGGCUAGGCAGUGAAAGUGAUCUUUCUUCAGAGGCUGAUGCAUCUUCCAUUCUGAGGCAGAGUUCAUGGAAGCAGCCAAUGGAUUCGAGGCAGCUUAAGAACUCACAAUUUUCUAAUAAAAACUUUGGAAUCAGUCAGGAGACCAAUCUUCAAUGUGUUCCUGGUCAGUUUGAGUCUGCGGAGGAAUACAUUAGAGUAUUUGAACCUUUACUUUUUGAGGAAUGUCGUGCACAACUGUAUAGCACCUGGGAGAAGUUGACUGAAUUGCCUUCAAGAGAUACACAUGUAAUGGUCUGUAUAAAGAGCAUUGAAAGGCGAGAAAGAGGAUGGUAUGAUGUGAUAGUUCUCCGUGCUAAUGAGUGCAAGUGGACACUUAAGGAGGGUGAUGUUGCUGUUUUAUCAUCUCCAAGGCCUGGAUCAGUAAUUAGAUCCAAGUGGAGUAAUGCCGCAUCAGUGGAAGAAGGUGAGGAGCCUGAGGUUGUGGGGCAUGUGGCUGGUACAAUUAGACGUCAUGUACCCCUUGACAAUCAUGAUCCUCCUGGGGCAAUCCUUCAUUUUUAUGUUGGGGACUCCUAUGAUCCAAACAGGAAGGAGUUCAAUGAUCAUAUUCGUAAGAAACUUCAAUCAAGAGGUAUUUGGUACCUGACUGUACUUGGUUCACUUGCAACUACUCAGCGGGAGUAUGUGGCUUUGCAUGCAUUUUGUUCUCUUAAUUCCCUGAUGCAAACUGCAAUUCUUAAGCCCAGUCCAGAACUCUUCCCAAAAUAUGAGCAGCAGAACCCUGCCAUGCCUGAAUGCUUCACCCAGAAUUUUGUGGAUCAUUUGCAUAGUACCUUCAAUGGGCCCCAGCUCCUAGCAAUCCAGCAGGCUGCCAUGCACACAGCUGCUGGAACAAGCAGUGGAAUGACAAAAAGGCAAGAACCAUGGCCUUUUACUCUUGUUCAAGGGCCUCCAGGAACAGGCAAGACACAUACAGUGUGGGGAAUGCUAAAUGUUAUCCAUCUGGUCCAGUAUCAGCAUUACUACUCUUUGCUCAAGAAACUAGCACCUGAGAGCUAUAAGCAAGCUAAUGAGAGCAAUUCUGAAAAUGUUACUAUUGGAUCAAUUGAUGAAGUUCUUCAAAACAUGGAUCAGAAUCUUUUCCGUACCCUUCCAAAACUCUGCCCCAAACCCAGAAUGUUGGUUUGUGCUCCUUCUAAUGCUGCAACAGAUGAGCUUCUUGCUCGUGUUCUUGAUCGUGGAUUCAUUGAUGGUGAGAUGAAAGUCUACCGUCCUGAUGUGGCUAGAGUCGGGGUUGACUCACAGACACGUGCUGCCCAGGCAGUUUCUGUUGAGCAUAGAACUGAACAGCUUCUACUCAAGAGUUGUGAAGAAAUUUUAGGUCACAUGCAUGCAUUAAGAGCUCGUGAAGCUAUGUUGUCCCAACAGAUUGCUGCACUUCAAAGAGAGCUUAAUGCUACAGCUGCUGCUGUUCAUUCUCAAGGAUCUGUUGGUGUUGACCCUCAUGUUCUGAUUGCUCAGGACACAAAUCGUGAUACAUUGUUACAGAAUCUUGCUGCAGUGGUUGAAAGCAGGGAUAAGGUUCUAGUUGAGAUGUCUCGACUUCUUAUUUUAGAAGCCAAAUUCCGCCCUGGUAGCAACUUCAAUUUGGAAGAAGCCCGUGCUAAUCUUGAGGCAAGUUUUGCCAAUGAGGCGGAGAUUGUUUUCACUACUGUUUCAAGUAGUGGUCAAAAACUGUUCUCUAGACUAACUCAUGGUUUUGACAUGGUGGUUAUAGAUGAGGCUGCCCAAGCUAGUGAAGCUGCUGUACUUCCUCCCCUUUCUCUUGGCUGCUGGGACCUUGCUUUAUACAGUAGAAGCCUCUUUGAAAGGUUCCAGCAAGCAGGCUGUCCUACUGUGUUGUUAUCUGUGCAAUAUAGGAUGCAUUCCCAAAUUCGAGAUUUUCCUUCCAGAUACUUUUACCAAGGACGUCUUACUGACAGUGAAAGUGUUGUUAACUUACCUGAUGAAGUUUACUAUAAAGACCCUAUGCUUCGGCCUUAUUUAGUCUAUGAUAUUACCCAUGGGCGGGAAUCACAGAGGGAUGGAUCUGUUUCUUAUCAGAAUUUGCAUGAAGCAGUAUUUUGUCUUCGCUUGUAUGAGCAACUUCAGAAAACUUUGAAAUCUCUGGGUGUGGGGAAAAUCACUGUUGGCAUAAUCACACCGUACAAGCUGCAACUGAAAUGCCUCCAACGUGAAUUUGAGAGUGUAUUAAGAUCAGAAGAAGGGAAGGAUGUAUAUAUAAAUACUGUAGAUGCUUUCCAGGGCCAGGAACGUGAUGUCAUUAUCAUGUCAUGUGUGCGUGCCUCAAAUCAUGGGGUUGGCUUUGUUGCAGACAUUCGGCGAAUGAAUGUUGCUCUUACUCGUGCAAAAAGGGCACUUUGGUUUUUGGGUAAUGCGAAUGCUCUCAUGCAAUCUGAUGAUUGGGCAGCAUUGAUCACUGAUGCCAAAGCUAGGAACUGUUAUAUGGACAUGGAUUCUCUCCCCAAUGACUUCCCCAAGGACUUACCCACUUACCCUUCAUCGCAAGAUAAGAUUUCUUCUACUAUGAGGGCCUUUAAAUCAGGUGGACCUAGACACAGGUCAUCGGAAAUGCACCCUGAGACCAGGUCAGGAACACCACCAGCGGACAAUGACAAGGUGGUCAAGUCAGUUUCAAGAAGUGACAAUUACCAACCAUAUAAGCCACCAAUAGAGUCUUCCUUGGAUGAUCUUGAUCAGUCAGGCAAUAAAUCUAGAGAUGCCUGGCAAUACGGCAUACAAAAAUGGCUAAAUUCUGCUGGAUUUGUCGGGAAGAGAGAUUACUAGUUAUUAGUUAUUUGUCUACGAAUUCUCUGUUAAACCAGAAGAGCUCAAAGUGAAGUUCUCUUUCUGGAUAUUAUGAUGCCUUGAUCUUGAUGACCGAGGACUCAGCUUUCGCUCCUAAUGUUGAUUUCUUCAGCUGAAUAUGGUGUGAAAGGUGGUGCCCAACUUGCAUUGCAUUAAUUUUUUAAGAAAGAUUGGAGGAUGGAUUUGAAAGGGGGGAAUCAGUUAACUUGUGCCGCCAGAAAGUACUGUUGCUGCUGCAGAAGAUUCAUCCGUGGAACUAAUUCCUGCAAUUUCUUGGAAGAGGUGGACCGAGUUGGGUAGGACAUGGGAAAUAAAUACCCUUCAUCCACCAACUUACAAUCUUCUAAAGGAAUGAGUGUUGGCACCAAAGAGCUUUUCUUCGCAGCCCAGAUCCUGUGUUUUGAGUUAUGACAAUAGAGGAAUUGGUCCAAUUUUACAUGUACAGUUCGGUGAUGCUGUAGCUCUUUCCCCGAGCUAUGCUCCCGACUCUCUAUUUUUUGGGGUCUGCGGUGCAGGACGUGGGAUGUAGAAUCA